UGCACCUGCUCAUAAUUCUCUCUCUACAUUCAUUAAUUUAUCAUCUUCAACCUUCCAAUCCUCUCUCUCUCUAGAACAUGGAUAGUCCGACGACCAUACGCAGUAAACCACCACCGGAGAUUCUCUCUCCGUGCGGUAGCCAACGACGGAGGAGCAGCUGCGACUCAAAUUCACCGGAAUUCGAGUUCUGGCGUCUAGCAAACUCUUCAUUUCAUCAAACAGAAUCAGAUCUCCUCUCCGCCGACGAGCUUUUUCACGACGGUGUUCUUCUCCCGCUCCACCUCCUCUCCAUCAAAUCGGAGCCUCAACCCGACCCGAAUGUCUCGGAAUGCGAUGCGGAUCCAUCUCCUUCGCCCGCUGCUUUGAUUACAGAGCAAAAACCCGAACCCGGAAUAGGAUCCGAGCUGACCCGAGAACCGACGGUUUCGAAGCGGUGGAGAGAUAUAUUCAAGAAAAGCGAAAAUAAACCGACGGGGAAGAAAGAGAAGGUGAAAGAGAAUAAGAAGAAAACCGGGUCGGGUCCGGGUUCGGGCUCGGGAGCGGAGCUAAAUAUCAACAUUUGGCCGUUUUCAAGAAGCAGAUCCGCCGGGAACAACGUGACCCGACCCAGAAUGUCGUUUGGAGCUCCGACGACCCGGAAAGUCAGCAGCGCACCGUGUUCCCGGAGCAACUCCACCGGAGAAUCAAAAUCGAGGAAAUGGCCGAGUAGUCCCGGUCGUAACGGCGUGCAUCUUGGUCGGAGCAGUCCAGUUUGGCAAGUCCGGCGUGGAGGUGGAGCUCCGACCGGAAAACCGAUGACAGAGCCGAUGGGUCGGGUUGUGGGGAAAAGGGAAAUUCCCGAGGGGCGUAGGGGUAAAAUGGUAGUUGAGAGCAAUAAAGCAAAAGUCAUAAAUUUGAACGUGCCUAUGUGCAUCGGUUAUCGGAGCCGGUUAAGCUGCAGAAACGACGAGAGUGGAAACAGUAACAUUGGGAGUGACAAUAAUCUUAACGCUAAUGUUAUCAAUCCUAAUCCUAAUGGUCUAUUUGGCUUUCGUAAUCUUUUCAUUAAGAAAGUUCAUUGACUUUUUUUUGUUUCUUUAUUUUGUAUUAUAGUAAGCUUAUGAAAAAUGUCGAUUUGUCAAACCCUCUUAAUUCUCAAGGGUCCAUUUUUAUUUUUUAAUCUACUACUUUUGCUGUUA